GUAAAAGGAAAUAUCCAUUACGAAUUGUGUGUCCCUCUCGGAAAAAGUGGGAAGCUUGGGCCAAUUCCAAUUCCGGGUUCGCCCGCUCUGACCCUCUCGGCUGCUCACCACUCCGACCACCUCACUGGCGGAGCUCUCCCAAACCUACGAUUUUAACUCCGAUUCGGGCGGUGGUCUCGACUGUUGAUUUCCCUCUUGUGAUUAUGCAUGAGCUACUGCUCUUCGCCUCGGUCCCCGCGCACCAGCACCAUGAGCUGCUACAACAGCUGGCCGGGUUGACGGCCAUGCAACCCCGUCACCGCUUAGAGAGGCGUCUGAUCUUCAAGGCCUAUCGGAAACCAGGGCUGAUCAAUACCCGUGUGGGUGCCAGUCAAGACUUGCAAGGCAAUGAAAUGCAGCGUCUGAAUAAGAUGCUGAACGGUGGCAUGUUCUAUACACAAGUGGUCGGGCCUGUUUCCGAGACCGACUUUGGUGCCCAAUCUUCCGCUGCGUCGUCAUCUGGUGAUCCUGAUGCGCCCAUGUCGGGAACUGAUUCUGGUGGAAAAUUUGAGCACCGUUCCUACAAUUAUGAGAAUCAACCCUGGAAGCUGGAAUUUAGAGAUAUCCCCGAGGCGGGGACUCGCUCCGCCGUUACCACCCGGCUGAUGGCCAGCGCUAGCUUGCCCAAGGGGGAUAUCACCACCCCGAUGAACGCCUGGGGUUAUAGCUUUGUCACGGAGUACGUGGUAGAGGGGGAUGUCUUUAUUUUGAAUGAUAUCGUCAUCUACCUACAUCGAGUUCUGCAUUAUCCUGCAGACAGCCCUGAAUCACAUGAACCGCGGCGACAGUUACCUCCGUUUCAGCAGAUGUCUCCGCUGGAAAAAACCGGAAGCUAUGUCUUGCAGGCCUCUAUUGCUGUCCAGGAUGGAGGUAACCAAGAGAUGAUGAAGACCGCAUCGCAGCAUCUAUUUGGACUCCGUGAACAGCUGAAGUCGGCCGUCCGGCUGGAACAGGCGGAUCGACUUUCCUUGGACACACGAGCGAAGUAAUCGGAUAGACGUCCUUUUUGAUUCUUAGGUUUGCUUAAUAUAUACCCCGGGCAGCGCUUCCGUAGAUAAAUCCCUUAAUGCAAAUUACAAACCCCUGUGUAUUCCGACUUGGCCCUUCGGGCGCCCCAUGUUGCAUUAGGGAGCUGCAUACUUGUUAAAUCAUGUCGCAUCCAAGGUACGAUUCGCAUGAUUUUAAUGAUCGGUGUUGGUGUUGCCCAGGAGGGCAGCACCGAUUCGCUUGCGGGCGGAGUAUGAAGGGGGAUGUGCAGAAUGCUAUACGCCUCGCUUCACAAAUUCACUAGGAGUAUACACAUUGUCUUCGUACAAAGUAUGUCUUCCGUGAAGAUCAACGCUGGGACCGGAAAAUACGACGCAUACAUGCAUUCCAAUGGUCAAAACACUAGGACCGAGCUCUCAACACAAGUGUAAG